AUGAGCAUCGCCGCUUUGUUACAAGCCGCCGAGUACCUGGAAAGGCGCGAAAGAGGUAAGUUUACCGCGUCGCCACCGUACCCCCCGCCACCGUUCGCCGACACCGGAGCCGCGAGCGACGGAGCCGCCGCCGCCGACCGCGUAAACACCGUCGUGUUUUUUGCAGAAGCGGAACACGGAUAUGCUUCGCCGAUGCCGAUCACAAUCGAUCUCAAAGGGUCUUCGAAGAGGCCAAAGACGAAGAAGUCGCAGGGAAGCCGAACAACUCAUAAUGAACUGGAGAAAAACAGGUAA